AUGCAGCAAGAGGGACAGAUAUCAACAACAUUUGGUUCUCUCUGCCUGCUUCGAAAGGGACAUGGCAAGAUUCCUACCAUCUUUGCAUUGGCCACCAUCUCAUGCGAACCUAUACCAUCGGCUGAAACCAAUCAGAACUAUGUCCCUGGUGUUUUUAUCCCCACCGAUACCAUCAAGAAACUAGAGGGCCGCGGCAACGACCAAUCACUUGGUUACCCUCAGCUUGAGAAGAAUAGUGUUCCAGUUGCUCAAGAUGCCCAUGGUAGCACCGAACAAAAUCCAAAUUCCAAUACGAAUUCACUUCCCGCAAAUUACAGUCCAAACCAACAACCAAUAUACACAAAUCUGCAACAAGGUACGCAGCAACCAGUAUUGUCCAACCAGCCUAUACUACUCAACCAACAACAGCCAAAUCAAGCACAGAUACUAAUUCCACAAAGUAAUCUCCAGAACCAACAACCAAUCUUAUUACGUCCAGGAAAUCAGCCGAAUCAAGCUAUACUAAUUCAGCAACCCAACAAUGACGCAAUAUUGGUUACUCAGCCUGUCAACCAAGUACAGCCAAAUCAAGCUAUACUAGUUCAAAAUCCAAAUGGUUUGCAACCACAACAAAACCAAGCCAUUCUUGUUCAACAACCUGGAAACCAGCAAGCAAUACUAGUCCCUCAGCAACCAAACCAACCUUUAUCCAUUCAAAAUGGACAGCUUAUGGGCCAAACGAUAAUUGCUAACCCUGGCAAUGAAAGACCAUCAGGUAAUCAAGUGUACACUAUAGUGCCAUUAAAUGGACAAAACUUGGGUAACAAUUAUUUAGGCAACAAUGGCAACACAUAUUUAGUUCCUGUUCAGCAAUUACCUAAUAACAAUGUUCUAUUAAAUAAAGUAAAUUAA